GUCGUUGGUAUCCCGUCUCCUCCACCCACUCCCUGAUUCCAUUGUUUACCUUAUAGUAUAAAAAGUACUCUGAAGCUCAAGUUAUCACAGAUGCUCAAACGUUCCAGACCUGUCUCUCCGCCUCCGACUUCACUGCCCAUAUUCGCACCAGACGAUCCUAUGUUGCCAUUCAAACGAGACAUGCGGGAAGAGGACAUAUACGGAAGCAGAAUGAAGCGGAAACGACUAGGGCCUGAUCUAUCAGGUGUGAGCACAAACUCGAGAUCUGGUAGUGGUGGCGUAGAGAGUGAUGGCGAGGAGUGGUUAGAAGACCCUGCAGGGCCAAGCCAGGGGGAUCCAUCAUCGGACACUGGAGUCGUGACUAGGGAUGAAGGAGUUUCGCAGUCAUACAAGCAGGCUAACAGUAUCCUGCGUGAGAUACAUGUGCUAUCCCACCAUCGUCAAAUAUUCUCUUCUAGCUCAAGUGUCGCCUCGGGAUCAACCUUCAAUGCAUACUCAAGUCCCCCCACCUCGCAUUCCAAUUCACCAGAAAAGACAUCAAUUUAUCUGCAACCACCAGGGUUCUUUUCAUCUUCUGGCGCUUAUUUCCCCAAUACCUAUCCGUCUUCAUCGCUGCAUUCUAGCCCAUCCGCUUUUGGUGAAAAGUCCGAGGGACACGAAGUACAAUCUGUCACCAAGCGAUACGAGAAUCAAAAUAAGCUGCUAGGCUCUUUGUUUCUCUCACGUAGACGAGAACUUUCAUUUGAACCGUCUGAUACUUGUGCGCCUAAUAUGCUUACCCAUGGCCAGGGCUAGUAUAUGGGGAGUAUGAUGCCUGUAUUUGUGUAUUUGUUGAGGAGGUACAUUUUUCAUGACGCAUUUGCUCACUGUUUUCGACGCAUUCAAUCCAUGUAGCCCUAUAUAUAGCAUGCAAGCAUAUUCAUUUCUUGCAAUCCAACAUUACUUUCUGAU